AUGGCGAAAAUCGAGGUUCUGAAGUCUGUCGACUUGAAUAACGAAGCAAGCGAAGCGGGGAUUGCGGGUGGAGGUUUCCGGAACACAGAGCAGAGGUCAAGGCCUUGCUCUGGAAGCAGGACAUUCGCAUUGUCCCCUCUGCUCAGUAAUGCUAGAACUCUGAACGCCGAUACACAGAACAAUCUCCUCUCGGAGACGCAGGCGACAAACCAUCAGUAUAUAAUUGCUUUGAUGCUGUUCUUGGUUGCAUAUGCCAUGUUCGAUGCGCCUUCCAACUACCUCCUGAAGAAGAAAAAACCGAGCCCAAGCAUAUGGACCUCUUUCUUGAUGUUCUUGUGGUAUGAUGUUUUCAUCUAG